UAUCCGCAUACUGAGUGUCUUUUCUGUAAGCCAGCAGUGGUGUGGUCUCCUGCCUCUUCAACACAUACCGUACAGGCUCGCCACACGUGAUUCCUUAAUCAAAAAUCCAGUAUGGCGGAAUCUGACAGCGGACGUUGCUAUCGCUACUGCACUUCGCACGAGGACUGAAGCGAGCUGGGCUUUCUAUGCGGAAAAAAUCCUCCGUCCUCCGCGUUAAGGUGGAUUCCACAAGAGAACAGUUCUCUUCAGCCUCUAACUAGUGUUUCCUGGUCUCCGAAUCUCAUAGUUCAACUGCUUCUGGAUCCUACAUUCAAAGGAAAAGACUAUUCUGCCAUUAUUACAAUGACCUCUCAUAAUCACUCAGAUUCACAGAUGGAGCAGCCUGUGGAGCUCCUGAAGCCGUCAGCCUUUGACCACAUUCCCACAGUUGACCUGAGUUCUGCUCUGCCUCUGAGAGUUCCCCCAGCAGCCAUUCCAAUGGACCUGCGUGUGGAUCAGUCUCCUGGCGCUGGUUCGGGCUCUGGCGCGGGUCUGGUCUCAGAUGCAGUGGACCCGGGAGUGCGAGAGCAGCAGCUGCAGCAGGAGCUCCUGGCACUCAAACAUAAGCAGCAGGUCCAGCGGCAGCUUCUCAUUGCUGAGUUUCAGCGGCAGCACGAGCAGCUCUCACGCCAGCAUGAAGCCCAGCUGCAGGAGCACAUCAAGCAUCAACAGGAACUGUUGGCUCUCCAGCACCAACAGGAGCUGCUAGAGCACCAGAGGAAGAUGGAGAAGCACCGUGUGGAGCAGGAGCUGGAGAAACAGCAGCGAGAACAGAAACUCCAACUUCUCAAGAACAAAGAGAGGGGACAGGAGAGUGCAGUGGCCAGUACAGAGGUAAAAAUGAGACUGCAGGAGUUUGUGCUGAAUAAGAAGAAAGCACUCGCCCAGCGCAACCUCAACCACUGCAUAACCAACAACCCACGCUACUGGUAUGGGAAAACCCAGCACAGUUCUCUGGACCAGAGCUCUCCUCCUCAGACUGGCAUGUCUGCCUAUAACCACCCAACUGUAGGUGUCUACGACUCCAAGGACUUCCCCCUCCGCAAGACAGCAUCAGAACCGAACCUGAAGGUGCGCUCUCGUCUGAAGCAGAAGGUUACAGAGAGGCGGAGUAGUCCACUGCUGCGCAGGAGAGACAACCCCAUUAGCACCGCCAAGAAACGCUCUUUGGACAUGGCAGACUCUGCAUGUAGCAGUGCCCCAGGAUCAGGCCCUAGCUCCCCCAACAACAGCUCACACAGCAACCUGUGUGAGAAUGGCGUCAGUGUGGCUGUCUCCAGCAGCUCGGCAGAGUCAUCUCUAGCAAACAGGCUAACUGGACGUGAUGGCUCAGUGAGCCAGUUAUCUCUGUACACAUCUCCUUCUCUACCCAACAUCACACUGGGCCUGCCAGCCACAGCUACCAGUAAUGUGACAUCUACCCAGCAGGACAGCGAACGUCUGUCCAUGACCAAUUUACCCAUAACCACUCCGUUCCUGGCCACCUCCCACCUGCCCUCUUACCUGGGCACUUCUGACUCACCCAGUUCACACAAUGCCCUGCUGCAGCACAUGGUUCUUCUGGAGCAAUCAGCCACACCGAGUCCCUUAGCUACAGGCAUUGGUGCCCUUCCUUUGCAAUCUCCUGCCCUGCACAAGCUGAGGCAGCACCGGCCACUGGGCCGCACCCAGUCUGCCCCUCUCCCCCAAAGCAACCAGGCGCUCCAGCAGCUGGUGGUCCAGCAGCAGCACCAGCAGUUCCUGGAGAAACAUAAGCAGCAGUUCCAGCAGCUUCACAUCAACAAGAUACUGACAAAGCCUGGUGAGGUGGGAAGGCAGCAUCAGAGCCACCCUGAAGAGACAGAGGAGGAGCUUAGGGAGCAACAGGACUCUGCUCAGGGGGAGGGUCUGCCACUGAGUGUCAUCAUCAAGCAGGAACCCCCAGACCCCCAGGACGAUGAACGACAGGAAGAGCAAGAGUUACUCUUCAGACAGCAGGCGCUCCUGCUGGAGCAGCAGAGGAUUCAUCAGCUGAGGAACUACCAGGCCUCCAUGGAGGCUGCUGGCCUGUCAGUCAGUUUCCCAGGGCACCGCCCGCUCUCCAGGGCCCAGUCAUCUCCUGCAUCAGCUUCCUUCAUCACUGCACAGGAGCCACCCUCUAAACCGCGCUUCACUACAGGUCUUGUGUAUGACUCUCUAAUGCAGAAGCAUCAAUGUAUGUGUGGAAACACCAACACACACCCAGAGCAUGCAGGCCGCAUUCAGAGCAUCUGGUCCCGGCUGCAGGAAACAGGCCUACGUGGACAGUGUGAGUGCAUUAGAGGGAGGAAGGCUACUCUAGAGGAACUGCAGACGGUCCACUCAGAGGCUCAUGUCAUGCUGUAUGGUACCAACCCUCUGCGGCAGAAACUGGACAGUUCUGUGAUAUCCAUGUUUGUCAGGCUGCCUUGUGGUGGGAUUGGGGUGGACAGUGACACUAUCUGGAAUGAGGUACACUCUUCCAGUGCAGCACGUCUAGCUGUUGGCUCAGUGGUUGAGAUUGUGUUCAAAGUGGCAUCAGGAGAACUAAAGAAUGGCUUUGCUGUGGUGCGGCCUCCUGGACAUCAUGCUGAGGAGAGUACUCCAAUGGGCUUCUGUUACUUUAACUCAGUUGCCAUAGCAGCUAAGCUCUUACAGCAAAGGCUCAAUGUCAGCAAAAUACUGAUUGUUGACUGGGAUGUUCACCAUGGCAAUGGCACUCAACAGGCUUUCUAUGAUGAUCCCAACGUUCUUUACAUCUCUCUCCAUCGCUAUGAUGAUGGUAACUUCUUUCCUGGAAGUGGAGCUCCUGAUGAGGUGGGCAGUGGUCCAGGUGUGGGCUUCAACGUGAACAUUGCCUUCACUGGGGGGCUGGAUCCACCAAUGGGGGAUGCUGAAUACCUGUCUGCUUUCAGGACGGUGGUGAUGCCUAUUGCGAAUGAGUUUGCCCCAGAUGUUGUGCUGGUAUCUGCAGGCUUUGAUGCUGUGGAGGGACACCCUCCUCCACUGGGAGGCUACAAAGUCACAUCCAAAUGUUUCGGUUACCUCACAAAACAACUGAUGGGGCUGGCAGGAGGGCGUGUGGUGCUGGCCCUGGAGGGAGGUCAUGACCUCAGAGCCAUAUGCGAUGCCUCAGAGGCCUGUGUGUCUGCUCUCCUGGGGAAAGAGCUGGACCAACUCCCCCCAGAUCUCCUAAAGCAGAGGCCCAGUGCAAAUGCUGUGAGCUCAAUGGAAAAAGUUCUAGAAACACAGAGUAAGUACUGGAGGUCAGUUCAGCGAUACAUAUCCUCAGUGGGCUACUCUCUGCUGGAGGCUCAGCGGUGUGACUCAGAAGAGAAUGAGACUGUCAGCGCCAUGGCCUCUCUGUCUGUAGCAACCAUGGAAAAAAGGACUGAGGAUGAGCCCAUGGAAGAAGAGCCACCACUGUAAUGGUGCUGCGAAUUGGAUUCAAGCCUGAUCCCUACACUACACUUGUGAGGUCCUCAGGAUCUCUCCGUGUUUCCUUUUGUCUCCCCUGGCUGAGGGCAGCGUUAGACAGCCCAGAGGGCAGUGAGAAGGGGCAACAGGGCAGAAAGCCUAACUGGAAAUGUUAGCGCUGAUAGCCCACUAGCACUGUGGCCCCACGCAAUGCGUACAAGUUGCAGAGACUCGAGAUGUUUAUUGGAGGCGCCUCUGAUGGUGACCAUAACCGACCAACAGCCUGUUGCUCGUGUUGUGGCCCAUUAUUUUCAGCCAGUAGUUUACCAAUCAGACCGAAAAGAAGAGAGGAUUAUGGACAGAGGGAUGGAAAUUGAGGUGUAAAAGAGAGGUGAAGGGUCCAGCUACCCUUCUGAGGUAAAAAAGGAAACCAUUUUACUUACGACACUUGACUUUUUUUGCGCAGCUCUAGCUUGUUAACCUCUGUAGUAAAGCAUAGGGACUGCAGAUGAGUGAAGCGUUUUUCACCACAAGAUGGUGCUGUGUCUCAUUGCCACCUCUAAGGUUCAGAAGUGGUUUUAACCACACAAGCGUGUGUGCCUUUAUUGAGAGCUGGUGGAUUUUAAGAAGAAAUCUAAGGAGCUCUGCCUUAAAUCGUUUUUUUUUAGAAGAGAAAAAGGACAUUAUCCAUCAUUUGGGUGGAUUCCAGUGGAUGGCGAACAAGCUUGCAAAUGGCAGAAAUCCUUUUCAGCAUGUUUACGUGGACAGUGGUGUGGACUGUUAAGUCUAACCCGUAAAAUGUCUAAAACUGACUUAACUUUUCCUUUUCCUCAGUGAUGUGCUGUACAAAUGCUUCAAACGGUAGUUGCCAGUAAAACUGUAGAACUUACCAUCAUGACAAGAAGUUUAUAACAUUGAGUCCAGCUCAGUGAGUCACCCAGUGUAGCUUUUGCAAGAGAAGCAUAAGAUGGCCAUCAUUUUCCAGACACAAUUUAUUAACUGGCAUGUGCAUCGCAAGAGAAAAGUCAGCUGCAGAAUUGGAACGCCCUGAAGACUAAUUGAUAUGACAGUGAAAAAGAAAAAAAAGAUCUAACCAAAGCAUGGGUUUGCAUCCUGUUUUGCAACACUAUUUUAAACUCAAUCUUGUGAACUUGUUCCUGUGCUGUCACAAAAGACUCUGUGGGUGAAAUUGUGGAAGACACUGAAUGACUCAUUUGGUCACCAAAGGAAACUCGCCACUGACAUUACACUUUUAAACAGAGUUUCAGAAGGAAAGGUCCAGAAGCUGCCGUACAACAUAUCAGUUCCAUCUCCUUAGUAGUAUUGGAAUUCAACAGCAGAAAAAACAAAAGGACAAUCAAAAAAGUCAAAAAGUGCUGGUUUGUUCUGAAGACCCCUAAGCAUGAGAAUGAAACGGUAAUAACAGGUUUAUUACAGCAUGCAUGAUCAAGUAUCUUUUGUUUUAAGUCUAGAGUUUGCACUCGAGUUUGACUUCCUUUGAGCCAGCCAUGACUCCCCAUAAGGGGCUGCCCCCAAAAGACUGAACAGGUUGGCUCACUACCAUAAAUACAAACUCAUCGUACCUUGUACAAUUUCUUAGUUACAUUAGAGUCAUAUUGAUAUUGUUAACAUUAUUACCUUCGUAUGUUUUGUACCUUUAUUUGCAAUUAUUCCUGUUUUGUACAAUUUUUCUUCAUUCCAAUUCCACAUUUUCCCAUUUGUACUUUACAUUGUUUUUAAUAUAUAUAUUUUUAACUUAUUCUUUGUGUAGAUGGAUUCUAUUUUAUUUUGCUGUUACUUGUACAGUAUACAUUUGGUACCAUGUACUUUAACUUCAUGUGAUGAACACCUGGGUUAUGAUCUGUUCAUGGCCAUUUCUAUUUUGUACAUUUUCUCACAAGGACUGACUGUGUACUUCAUGUUCUGUUCAUAGAAGAUUUCUAUAUGAAAGAAAAUAUAUCAUGAAUAUGAAGCAAA